UACUGGUCUCGUCCGACGAUUUUUACUGACUUGGUUGAAACUCUGCAAGAUUGGUAUUGCCCGAACAGACAUAUGGUGUGCAUUUAUCCAUGGAGAGAGAUAUUGGCACAGUUGCUGCCAUUAAGAAUCUGGGAUACCAGAGUGGCGUUUGCAUGAGGGAAUGCAGGUGUGAUGAGCUACCUUGUCCUCUUAUCACCUGGUUGGUGCGUGAGCUCAGGGCGACUUGCCCAGACAUACAAGAGCGAACGUGUGGCACAGUUCUGAUCGGGGAGUUACGUGAUUUGCUGAAAGAAAUGCUUUUUCCUAACACAUCGCUCACAACAGAAGUUUUGAGUCCUGUUCUUCUUAACCAAAUAACCGAAUUCCUGGUAUCAGAGCUACAGGCUGCACACAUGCUGAAAUACAGAGAGAGCCAUCCACAGGAUGGGAAUACCUGCAGUGAAACACAGAAAGAGCAGAGAAAACGAAAGGGUUGUGCAGCGGACUUUGAGGAGGAGAGUCCAAAAUGUGGGAAAAUAGAGGAGGAUGAAGGAGGAGGGAAAGAACAAGUAGAGGAAGCACUAACUCAGCUUUUCAAGGCUUUGGAUUUAGAUGUGUCAUCCACGCUAAGUGAUGCCUGGACAGAGGUGGAGACACGACUUGCGUCGCUGCCUGAUGGUGUGAUGCCAGAACCUUUGCUGAAGACUAAUCUGAAUUCCUCUCAGUGGAGAAAAAUAGAGCAAAUUAACCAAACGCUUUCCAAAGAUUACGAGUGUCGACGUCAAAUGAUGAUGAAGCGAUUUCACGUCACACUUCAAUCCUUUGCUUGGGGAGAAAAAGGCGAGGAACGAAGUGCAGCUGUAUCCUCCGUACCUCCUUUACCCUCUAUCGAUUCCUGCAUCUCCGUUCCUGUCUUACUGGCAGUCAGAGAGGACCAGUCAAGGAUUUUGCCUGUCAAAGCUGGUCCUUCAACUGCUGUCCACAAGGUUCUAAUGGGUAGCGUACCAGACCGCGGGGGUCGACCUGGAGAGAUCGAGCCCCCUAUGCCUUCCUGGUCACGUCGCAGCGAGGGAGGGAACGCGGAGCGAUCCGGACGGGGUAAAUUCCAGCGCCGGGAGUACUCGGGAAAGAAGAAGAGAAACAAAAAGAAGUAGUGAGGAAAAUGGAAGUGUGUCUUAUUUUCUUGAAUUUGAGUCUCACCAGCAUAAACGAAAGUGAUGACAUAAUAAUGUUAAUAAAUAGAGAAAGUAGGAGACUGGGUCGCUGGUAGGGUGUAUCAACAAUGAAGUAAAAAUAAGAAAUGGAAAAUGUGGGAUCAUAUGUGGGAUGUGUGAAAGGGGCAUAGCUAAUUGCUUUAUCUUGUUCAUAAUUUACGACUGGCUUUGUUGACCAUGGCACUACAUGCAAAGAUUUAAAUGAGACGCGUCAUCAGUAAGAGAAUGACUGACGGAUGUAAAUGUGGAUUUUUUUUUCAUGGAAAACCAAGAGCUGUAAUUUGGUUUACAAAUUUAAAUGCAUAUUUCUAAUUUUACGAUUCUAUUUAUUUAACAGUUUUUUUUCAAGCAUUCGUAAUUUAGUCAAAAUGUAUUUACAAACAAUACAAACAAAGCUUCAAA